AUGUACGCUGAUCGUAAAGUAUACGGUCAGACUAAGAAUCCCAGGAUAUUUAUAGUGGUCACUUCGACGUAUGUACGCACUUUCCAAGUGCUGUAUUUGACUGGUGUGAUGCACUCGCUAAUGCUGGUUCCCUAUGAUCUGGUUUGGAUCGUGGGGGAAGCUGGUGGCGUCAGCAAUGAAAAGGCGUCGCUUAUUGCGAAACCGAGCUUGAAAAUUAUCCACGUCGGAUUCAAUCAACGGAUGCCGAAUUCCUGGGAAGAACGACAUAAAUUAGAGUCCAAGAUGCGUCUUCGUGCUCUAAGAAGUAUUAGAGAGAAGAAAUCGGAUGGAAUUGUUAUGUUUGCUGGUGAUAGCAAUAUGUUUAGUAUGGAACUUUUUGAUGAGAUCCAAAAUGUGAAAUGGUUCGGGGCUGUUUCAGUUGGAAUGCUUACUCAUUCGGUUAAUACUGAUGAGAUGGCGGAUCGAAAAAAGGAUGAAAAGGAGAAUCCUAGAAUGCCUAUUCAAUGCCCUGCUUGUAACGCCUCCGAUAUGUUGGCAGGAUGGCAUACUUUUAAAACAUUGCCAUUUGUUGGGAAAAGUGCGGUUUAUAUCGAUGAUCGAGCAACUGUGCUGCCGAAGAAGUUGGAAUGGUCAGGGUUUGUUUUGAAUUCUAGGUUGCUUUGGAAAGAUAGCAGUGAUAAGUCGGAAUGGAUUAAGGAUAUUGAUAUGUUGAAUGGUGAUAUUGAGAGUCCCUUGGGUUUGGUUAAUGACCCUUCGGUGGUGGAGCCACUUGGAAACUGCGAUCGUCAAGUUUUGCUCUGGUGGCUUCGAGUUGAAGCUCGUGCUGAUAGUAAAUUUCCUCCCAUAUGGAUAAUUGACCCACCUCUGGAGAUCACGGUCUCAUCAAAACGCACUCCAUGGCGAGAUGCUCCCCCGGAACUCCCUGCUAAUGAAAAACCAACAAUGGGCAUUCAAGAUCCAAUAGUGAAGCAUAGCACAAAGAGGACAUCCAGAUCAAAACAUCGAAGUAAAAGAAAGCCUGAACCAAAAACCGACACACAGGUUUCGACAAGGCAUUCUGAACAAAACUAAAAUCUUUACCCUGCAACCUAUGGAACUGCUGCACCAUGAGAUUGGACCAAAUA